AUGGACCCUCCGAAAAGUGUGCAGUCCCUCAGAAUUGUUUCCUGGAAUGUCGACGGAUUCCGGGAGCGAAAAAUCGAACUCAAGGAGCUCUUACCCCGUCUAGACGUGGACAUGAUGAUACAAGAGACCAAAGUAGAGGACGCACACACUGUUAGGAUUCCUGGCUACCUAGUGUAUCGCAGGAACCGAAACAGACGCGGAGGAGGCGUGGCCCUGCUCGUAAAGAGGUACGGAUACAUCGCCGUGGUGACCUGUUAUCAGCCCCCUCAGCUCCCACUCACCGAUUACGAUUUACGCGCGGUCCUGGAGACGCGGCCCCAAACCGUAGCCAUCGAGGACUUUAACGAAAUCACCCGAAUGAGCACGAGCAAUUCUUGCAGAACCACAAGAACGUUGCAGCGUAUGGACCUGAUGGACCGACGUACUACGGGCAAUACCGAUGGCGCCGACCUAGCGACGCACUACGAGGGGGCGACGAACCAUGCUCCUAUUCUCGUAACUCUAGGAGACGAGCAUCGCGGCGAGGACACCGUUGCCAAGCGGCGGACCGACUGGGGCCUAUUCCGCGCAAAAAUGCAACGAAUAUGCCCACCCACUCCGGUCGUUCGCGACGUGGCGGACCUCGAGACUGCCCUCGCGAGCCUUGAGACGGAUAUCCACACCGCUUUGGAAGCCAGCACCACGGAAACGACGGAGAGGAGGAUAGCGAAUUAUGCAGGUGAGUUACCUAUUAUGUUGCAGGACCUAAUCAGGAAAAGACGUGCGGUGAAAAGAAGAGCCACGAGGACAGCACACCCCCGGGAUAAGCAGACGUUGAACCAGCUGAACCGGAGGGUAAAAGCGGCCCUAGAGGAGCAUUACCAGGACUCGUGGCAACGACAUCUGGAGUCACUGAACCCCGAAGACCGCAGCCUGUGGACGAUGCAACGGGCGCUGAGGACCACCCGGAAGCCUCUGCCUCCGAUUCACGGAGAGAACGGUAUCCUCUACACUAGGUAUCAAAAGGCCGAGACAUUCGCCGACAGCCUUGAAUUACAGUGUAGGGAAAACCUUCUCGACGACGAAGACGAGGACCAUGCCGACGAGGUGGAAUGA